ACAAUGGUUAUCAAAAGUAUGACAAAGCAUAAGAUGAUAAUUAUAUUUUUACUUUGUUUUAUUCUGAAAAUAACCACAUGGGCCUAGACACUAGAAAUAUAAUUGAUGUCAUGAAAUAAAAACAGUUGGUUCUACGGUGUCUGGCCAUUCUGAGUUUGCCAAAUGUUAAAUUUCUGACUCAAAUUUGGUGAAUCCCAAAUAGCCGAAUAAUAGAUUACCAACUUCCUCUUUGUCGAAACCCAAUUUGCUGGAUAACGAUCCAUUAGUUAAUUAAGUGUCGACUUUUUUUUUACUGUAUAUGGGCAAUUCCACGGUAACUUACCUGCAUGCGGUAUAGUUCAACUACAGUUGUAUUAUUAUUAUUCAUAUUCAAUCUGCAAACUUAUUUUAAAAACUACAGUACACUAUAUUUCACAUUUAUGUAGAACACUUCAACAAUGUGAAAUUUAAUUAAAAUGGUGGUAACUAUUGGCAAUACGUUGGUAUCCUCAAUUUCGGUCGGUCGGUCGGUCGCAACGACCGAUCGAUCGACCGACCGACUGACCGACUGACUGACUGACUAACUAAAUAACUAAAUAACUAACUAACUAACUAACUAACUAACUAACUAACUAACUAACUAACUAACUAACUAACUAACUAACUAACUAACUUUGGUAAAGCGCAUCCUGAAACAUAGUGGAAAAUACUUCUACAAAGGACUCAACUUUAAUGAUAUACCCACGUAGUAGCUACGAACACGAAAGCUAGAAAUUUUUGUCAACCCAAAACCUAGAAUCAACUCUCAUGCUUGCACUGUCGCCAAUCUCUUCAAGAAAGAUAAUUAAAAUUAGGCAGGAAUUAUAUACCAAAUUUAACAAGACGUACCAGUUAAUAAACAAAAAGAUUAAAAUAAUUAUAAUUUGCUUCUUUGCUUUUGAGUUGAGACGUACAAGCGUCUUUUUUUUAAAUUUAUAUUUGUAAGUCAGCGUCGCCCAAAUCGAGUAAACAGUAGUCAAAAAUCCGUCAUUGUUUUUUAAAACAUUUUAAAUUCAUGAGUGUAACAAGUAAUCUCCACAGUGGCAGAUUUAAUGGGGACUCAGCCACCACCCUCCCAACUAAUGGAGAAAAAUAAAUUGAUUAGUCAUUCCACCAUAUUAUAAAAAUAAACAUUUAGCAGACAAGAUCAACAGUCUUGUGUACUUUGUUAAGUAAAUAAAACUCGAAUCGAUUUUCCACCGCUACUUUAUGUUCGACUUUAUGACGUUAUGACCAGCUAGUUGAGGUUGAUGGCUUGUGGUUCUAAGUAAUCAACACAUAACACGCUAAUAUCAUUUUGGUAUGACAAUAUUGUAUAUGCCCUGGGUGGCCACUGAUUUUGCAUUCUGAAAGUGGGUCGCCACCAAAAAUAGGUUUAAAAGCCAGGGGUUUAAACUGUUACAAAUGAUAUUCUGAUUAUAAAACACCUACAUGUAAAAUAAAAAACAAAUCGUGUAUGGCCUUUUACCUCCAAAGGAACCUAGAUGUACUAGGAGCUAGAUAAUAUUAUAAUAAUCUUUAACCCGAACAGACAAUGGGUGAUGACAGAGACUAUCGAUUUUAUUUAAGUUUGAGCUAACAAGCUACACUUGACAUCACAUUCAGAGAACAGUACCUCUGGCUGCAGGACUUUCGAUUUUGAACGGAAAAUAAGAUUUUUUGUUUUGUUUUGUGAGCAGAAGUCGAGAGGUACCCGAGAAACGGCAUGGAUAUAUCAAGUAUAACAGCAUUGUUCGUGGUUAUUGUUAUCUUAAUAAUAACAUGGUUGUACAAGAGCACGCGUCGACCGCCUGGAUUUGCCGACUGGACCUGUCGCUUACCCAAUCAUAGGAAGCAUGUCUGUGUUUGCUGGAGAAACCCCACCUCAAGAAGUAAUGAAGAAGAUGUCAAAAAUAUAUGGUGAUAUAUUUUCUCUCAAGAUUGGAUCUUUCUGGGCUGUGGUUCUUAAUAACUAUGAGUUAGUACAGGAGGCACUGUUGACGAAACCAAACGAUUUUAGUGGACGGCCGCCUUCAUUUUUAUUCGACUGGUUUACAGAUGGUCAGAAGGAUAUCGCUGUUGCCAACCCUACUCCGAUUUGGAAGUACCAUCGAAUGUUGGCCCAUUCCGCAAUCAGAAAAUUUGCGUCUGGGGAAUAUCUGGAAAAACUUCAUGAAGAAAUCAGACCACUUCUGACAGAAGUGAUGUCUAAAAAGAUGAAAACGACAUUUGACCCCAACGAAAUUAUAACAUUUGCCAUUUACAACGUCAUUGCUUCUAUGUGCUUUGGAUAUAAAUAUAAAAUUGAUGAUCCAAGACUUGAGGACAUUGCUGAAAUUUCAAGAGAGCUUAAUGAAGGAUUUGGAAACGGGUGGAUCGCUGACUUCAUUCCGUGGUUUCGAUAUAUUCCGAAUCCUCAUUUUUACAGUUUCAAAAAAGUUGCUUCUAAAUUUUUCGCAUACAUCAUGAUUGAGGUUAGAUCACAUUUGGACAACUUUGACCCAGAUCGUCCCGCCAACGAUCUUAUUGAUCUUCUUCUAAAAUCCCAGAAGGAAGAAGAGCUAAAGGGGAACGUUGAUCAGGGUAGCAAACUAACCGAUAUUCAUAUCAAACAAAUAAUUGCGGAUCUCUUUUCUGGCGGUAUUGAUACUCAAAACAUAACUCUACUAUGGGCCAUUGCGUGUGUGGUUGAUAACCAGGAUGUGCAGGAAAAAGUCAAGAAAGAAAUUGAUGACCUUAUUGGCGACAGACCUCCCAGACUAAGUGACCGUGGAAAGUUGCCGUAUACAGAGGCUACAAUCAUGGAGAUAAUGCGAUAUAAGUCUACGAAACCACUUACAGUUACUCACAGAGCAAUGAAAGACUCGAAAAUCGGCACCUAUAAUGUACCUGAAGACACGUGGGUCUUUAUUAAUCUCUGGGCGCUUCAUAAUGACUCAAAAUAUUGGAACUCCCCCGAGAAAUUCAAACCCGAUCGAUUUUUGGAUUCAUCCAACUCUGUUAAACAACGUCUUCCGAGCUUCCUGCCGUUCUCCACUGGUCGCAGAGUGUGUGUUGGAGAAUCUUUAGCUAAAGCUAACCUUUUCCUUACAUUUGUGUGGUUGAUUCAGAAUUAUAAAUUCACUAAACCACCAGGUGUAAGGGGACCAGUAACUACCGAGGGAAAGCCCCAGCUUAUAUCAUUCCCAAUGCCCUACAAAAUCAGGGCUGAACGUUGGGAGUAGAGCAGUGAUUUAUUUUAAGUCAUCUAAAUGAGUCAUAGCAGAGCCAGAAACACGCGCAUGUCCCAAACAUGCACGUUUACGUAUGUUUACAGUGGCGGAUCUACGGGGGUUAGACGAACCCCCCUCUGUGAAGAAAUGUAACAAAAUACAAGGGUACUGGCUUACAAAAAUCAUGCUAACCUACCUAGGCAUAGGUUGGAAGGUCAGACAAACUAGGCUUAGCCCAACUAGUUUUCAAUUGAAUAAAUUAUACACACUGUUUUUGGUUCGCUGUCGUAAUAAUGUACGAAAGUAAGUUAUUCAGUCCUAUCGGUUCAUCAAUCCAUGGAAGAAAAACUACAUAUCUAACUACUCAAUGUUGUUGGAAUACAAUAAUAUAUUGCCUGUCUUAAUUUUUCCUCUAUGAUAGGCCUAAAGAAUAAGAUAAAAUUACCUCAUUUAAGAGGGGAAAAACCUUGAAUUUUAAAGAACACCGGCCAUCUAGGAAUCAAAUUUCAUUUUGGGGUUUUUUAGGAAACAUUUGGUAAACGUCUGUUGAUUCGUAAUUCUGAAUCUCCCUCUUUCAAAUCCUGGAUCCGCCCCUAGUUUACACCGUGAGUUUGUGGGACCUUAGUGGAACUUAUCGGAACUGUUCAAUUUACUUGUUGUUUUUGUUUUUGUUUUUUUGUUUUUUGCGAUCCUCAAUCACCACAUAAUUUAGACAUUGAUUGUUAACUGAUAAAAACAUACUUUUAUAGUAUUUUAAUGUUUUAGUAUGUUGAAUAACAAUUACAAUAAUUGAUAAGAUAACAUUAGUCCGAAUGUUGUGUUGUGUAUUCAGAAUGGGAAAAUUGUAUAACCCAAUUGUGGAAAAGUAAUACCAAGCUGUCCAUUCUGCAAAAUUUUAACUAUAAAAAGCACUUUAGCUAUUUAAAAUAAAGGAAUUUAUAAUAGGAACUUAGUAGAAGAGACAUAAAUUCACAUUACUAGUAUUUGUUUAGAAAAAAAAAUUAAUAAGCAUACACCAUUCCAUUACAUUUAUUAAGAAAUUGAAAGAGAUUUAUUUUAAGAUAGACAUAUUAUUUAAUAAUUGUUUACCCCGGAAGAAAAGUGUUGCAAAUUUGUGUCCGAUGGGCUCUGAACAUCAAGACCACGAUAGAUAUACUAAAAGUGGCCUGGAACUAAGGUUGGGGUACCGUUAGUCUUACGUUUAAUCAGGCUGUCAUUUGUGACCUCAUGAGCCAAGUAAUGGACCUAUUCGGAGUGUCAAUCAAACUUAACAAAUCAUAGCAGAGCCAGAAACAGGCGCAUGUCCCGUGUUUACGUAUGUUUACACCGUGGUUUUGGUGGAUCUAGUAAACUUAUCAGAACCGUUCAAUUUACGUAAUACUUUUCUUGCGAUCCUCAAUCACCACAUAAUUCAGACAUUUAUUGUUCACUGAUGAAAAUAUACUUUUAUAGUAUUUUAAAUGUUUAUUUAGCAUUUUGAAUAACAAUUACAAUAAUUAAUAAGUAUACACCAGUCUAUUACAUUAAUUAAGAAAUUGAAAGUUAUCGGACUAUUAUACAGUACAUAGUACAAAUGAUACUCAUUUCCUAAGGGGAAGUAUUCCGUCAUGAAGUUAAACUUUAGUAAUUUUUGCACAGAAUGCCAACCUCUCUCAUAUUUUAUUCUCAUAAAAAUUUUUUUUUUGCCAUUGAGAUUCUGGAUUACCGUUUGGUUGUCAAUUAAACUAAGAAAACAAAGGAGGUAUACUUCCACAAUCAGAACAUUUUUUUUGAAGCAUUACAUAAUACGCAGCAUUAUUAAUAUGCAUCUUAAAAACAAAAUUCAUUACAGUUGUAAUCACGACCACUCUAUAGCAUCAAACACAUGUUGAUCAUCAUCUUUACAACAGGAACGUAAACAUCAUCUCAGGCUUUCAACAGCAUUAACAUUUAAUAAAAAAUAAUUGUUUUGGUUGGCCUUUUCUUUCACCACAAACCGCUGGGCUGCGUCUUACGACGCCAUCUGAGUUGGUCUUAAG